AGUGGAAGGCUAGAGAGAACUGCUGGACUAAAGACCUUCCUUGUGAAGAAGUGUCAAGGCCUGACAGAGAGCAUCUGCCCCUGAAUCUCAGAACCCAGAAGACCCCAUAAAGUCUCCACAGAAUGUUCCAGAAACCUCUCCUCCAGUUCCCUGAAUGGACCAGCUGCUUUGAACGAGGAGACACCCCUGAUGGAUCAGGUUUUCUGUAGAGAAUCACAGAGGUUGUGGGGUUCUGGAGUUUUCUCUGACCCAGGGGCCCCAAGACAGGGUGGAGCAGCCACACCUGCCUGAAGUUCUGAGGAAGAGGGCGGAAACAGACAGCACCCGCCCUCAUUUUCUCUCCCCACAAUUGUGAUAGGCUCCACUGGGGCAUUGUGUGCCACACUGGCUCACUUCCCCAAACAGGCGACUGUAUUUUUUUAGAGCCUGACAAUCCAACCCUGGCAGGUCAGGUGGCAUGCCUGGGGUCAGUGUGGGUCCUGCCCCUAGAUUCUCGGGGUGACUGUGACAUUGCAUCUGGAUGGAGCCAUGGCCACUUAUGUUCCUGCUGCUGCUGCUACUGGGGCUACCCGGCUGUGUGUCAGGUCCCUCCAGUGAGAACCUGUACAGGAAAGUGUCACAGCGUGAAGGGGAGACUCUGUCUGUGCAGUGCUCCUACAAGAACCGCCGGAACACCGUUGAAGCCAAGUCUUGGUGCAAAGUCAAGAGGAAGAAGUGUGACCACAACUUCAUCCGGAGCUGGGUGAGGGGUCCCAGCUAUUCUAUGCGGGAUGAUGCCAAGGCUAAGGUGGUCCGCAUCACCAUGGAGGCUCUCAGAGUCCAGGACUCCGGACGAUAUUGGUGUAUGCGGAACACAGCUGGGAAUUUCUACCCCUUGGUGGGUUUCCAGCUGGAAGUAUAUCCAGCCCUCACUACUGAGAGAAACGUUCGCCCCACACAUCUUACCAACACUCUCAAGGACAAAUUUGCCAACACCCUCAUGGAUGAAUUUGUCAUGACCAGCCAAGUCCGUAUUUCAGACCCUCAUGCUUCUUCCACAUCUGACGCGACUGUGUUCACAUCUGGACUCCUCGCCUUGGCUUCAGGGACCACCGCACCAACCCCCAUGACACACUACAGUUUCACUGACACCAGUGGCACCGUUCCAGAGCCUGAGAGGAGCACAGAGUCCCAGCCAGCAACCGUGUCUCCUAGCAAUGCAAGACCCUUCUCUGCUGAUCCAGUGACCACCUCCACCAUGUCCAGAUACCAGAGUAGCAUCUUGUCCACCACAGGGACAUGCCACCAACUAACCCCCAACAGGUCCCAGGAGGCUUACAUCCCUGCGAUGGUGGUGGUGUUGACAUUUCUUCCAGCACCCGUGGUGUUGGUUGUGGCCUACGGGUUUUGGAAGAAGAGACACAUGGGAAGAUACAACUUGGGCAGCAACUAUGUUAAACCCUGGAUACACCUUCCCGAAGGACCAGAGACGCUGUGGAAGCCUGCUUGGUCUAAGAUAACUCAGUGAGCUGGGAAGCCAUUUCCAGUGGGCUCAGAAGGCCAGAAGAGGACCAAAGACCAGGCAGUGGCCCUGGGGCAGGAGGACAGUAGAGCUGCCUUCCCUUCACCCAGGCUCACCGUGUCCUCGGCAUCCCUCUGCUCCCUCUGCUCCCUCCAAACACCUCUAUAUAUUUGGAGACAAGAGUCAGGUCUCAGGAGACCCCGAGGCAGCCAGGGUUUCUAGAGUCCUGUUUUGGAUGAGAAGGAACAGUGACUAAGUCCUGGGCCACAGAGGAAUUGGUAGCGGGAGGUCCCAGAGUUGAUAAAGGCCACAUGUCUUCUGAUGUUCUCUGACUGUGGCUGCUGGUCCCUUCUGUCCUGGGCACAUACAGGUCACAUAUGUUUCCACUUGUUUCCUGCCUCCCAUCCCCUUCAGGCCAGUGAAAGCCUUCAGCUACGGGGCUAUACUCUCCCAAGACCAGUGCAAAGACAGUGCAAAGGCUGAAUGAACCUGGCUUCCCACUGGAGUUCCUGCUCCCAUGCCGCAACGAUGAGCUCAUGGAAGAGACGGAGCACAGAGACUCAAUCACGGGGUGUCUGCAGCCUCAUCUAGAGGAUACCCUCCUCUAGACACUGGAGUUGGCCAUGGACCAAAGCAAGGCCACUUCUGAGAAAAGAUCACAAGGAGCUGCUCUGCUUAAAACAGCAGGAGAGAGAGGAGCAGGGAGGGAGAAUGAUGAAUCAGAUUCUAGGACAGAAAGAUGGGAAGACGCCUGGGCACACAGACACACACACAUAUAUACAUACAUGGAACAGUAUGGUGGGGAGAUGGGGGAGAGGGAAAGGAAGCAGAAGAGGAGAACUGGGAGGAGGGGGGUGAGAGGGAGAAGAGAGUCCAGGCAGCUCAGACUUGCCCUCUAAUAUCUAGAUCAUUGGUCCAGAGUAGAGCAGGGCUAUGGGCUGUAGGCUGUGGGCUGUAGGCUGUGGGCUAUGAGCUAUGGGCUGUAGGCUGUAGGCUGUGUGCUGUAAGCUGUGGGCUGUGGGCUGUGGGCUGUGGGCUGUGGGCUGAACUGCCUCCCUAGCAGGGAUGCCCACUAGUUCAUGGCAUGGAAAGGACUCUGGAGCCAAGUGCAACAUCUACACUCUCAGCCCUGAGUCAGGGACAUCCUGACAGGACAGCAAACAUCACAAUCAGGAGGGUGACACAGCUAGGGCCUUGGUGUGCAGUCCAGGAUAGCUUUGAGGCAAGAGGAAGGGGCAAAGUUGUAAAGUCAGGAGACAGAAGGGAGAAGGCAUCUCUUCUCUGUUUCCAGAAGAGAGCAGAAGAGGGAAGAUUAGACUGAACAAUUGACAAAACAAGUACUAGAAGGAUGGACACACACACACACACACACACACACACACACACACACACACACACACCUCUGCCUAGCAAGCAUCUGUAUGGAGCCACCACCCUAGUGGAUAACUAGGGAGGAUUAACUCACAUUGCCUCGACAGUCCCACAUCCAUACUGGCCCUGAACCUCCAUUGUCACUUCAUUGUCCCCCACAGCUCUGUUUUAUGAUGGGGAGGUCAGGCAUAAGGACCAGUGAUGCCACUGUUCCUGUGUGACCUUGUCUGUGACACUAAUGCUGUCUGUGCCUCAGUUCUCUCUCCUAUGAAAGUGGACAAUAAUUCCUGCCUCCGAAGAUUGAUUGGGGACACAAUGGGUGACAUAAACACUGUGCGACCUGCAAA